AUUUUUAUUUCGUAAUCAAAAUUUAAUGUCUUUUUGAUUGAAGGGGCAAACAACUGAAAAAAUAUGUAAAUAUUCACAUAAAAUUCUGGGUUUUAUAGCUUAAUGAAUAUUCAAAAAAAUAUAUAAAUACCUGAUUGUUUAGGAUGGGAACUAUAAAGAUUUUUAGGUAGAUGUUUCACAUUACUCGAUUCUUUGUCGGUGACUGUCUCCUUAAAAAAAAAAUAAUAUUUCUUCAUCUUUAAACUGUAAAAACAAAUAUUAUACAACAGUGAAAGUUAAUAUUUCUCCAAAUUUGCUGUGGCUAUCACAUUGUUACAGUGGUUGGCCAACUUCCGUACCGUUCAUAUACAAAAAUACAUAUUUUUCAAUAUAGGCAAUUAAUUAAAUAAUGUGGUAAACAAUGACAAGAGAAGGAGUAGCAGUACAGUGAAUUCAGUUUUUCCAAUUGACCACUUGAUUUGGUGAAGAUAUUUAAGUGGAUGUGAAUAUAAGGAAUUUUUAACACAACUACUCUACAAUGACAUUCUAUUAUAAGAACCAACUAAUCACACCCCAGCUGGAACCAAAAAAAAAAGAAAAGCAAGACUUUGACGAUCGACUGCCAUUUCCAUACGAAAUCAAAACCAUCGAUCCAGAAUUGAACGAGCAAAUUUUGAAAGACUUUUCAGGAGAACGCACUGGAUUUGUUCAAGUUGGCCCGAAAAAAUGGUUCUUCCCUAGCGGCUACGCAAAAGAAGCUGAAAACUAUUAUAAUUUUGAAUUAAGACCUGAUGACGUUAUAGUAGCCACUUUUCCAAGAUCCGGCACCACCUGGAUUACAGAAAUGGUUUGGCUUUUGUGCAACGAUAUGGAUUAUGAAAAAGCUGCUGAAAUUCCUUUAGUAACAAGAUUCCCUUUUUUAGAGUUUAGUUCAUUUGUACAUCAAGACACCAAAGCCGAUUUCUUAGAAGAAAACCAAACAGAUCCAGAAAAGUACAAAUUGGUAGAAGAAGUUGCUUAUCCUGCUUGGAAAAUUCUGGCCAAAACCAAUGAACGUCGCUUCAUUAAAACUCAUUUGCCUUUCAGCCUAAUGCCUCCUAAUUUGGUAAAAGCAGGAUGCAAAGUAAUUUAUGUUGCCAGAAAUCCAAAAGACGUUGCAGUGUCUUUUUAUCAUUUGAACAGAUCUAUGAGGACUCAAGGAUAUACAGGAGAUUUUGCUAAAUAUUGGUGCUACUUUAAAAAUAAUUUACAACCUUGGACGCCUUAUUGGGACCACAUUAAAGAAGGCUGGAAUAUGAGGCACGAAGAAAACGUUUUGUUUCUUUUUUACGAAAACUUAAACAAGGUAAAUCUGAGACCCAAUGUGGAAAAAAUAGCAAGUUUCCUAGGUAAAUCCUACACAAACGAGCAACUAGACAAACUGGAAAAUCAUUUGAAAAUUGAAAAUUUCCGUAACAAUAAAUCAGUCAAUUUCGAUGUGAUGGAAAGUUUGGGUAUCAUUUUGAAAAGUGAAGAAGGUUUUGUUCGAAAAGGUAAAAAUGGUGGAUGGAAGAAUUAUUUCGAUCAGGAAAUGGACGAAGAAGCUAACCAGUGGAUAGAAGAGAAUUUGAGAGAUACAGAUUUCAGAUUUCCAGUGUAAUUAUGGACAAAUGUAAAAGGAAAGUUUAGAGGAGUUUUUGUUUUUUAAGCAAUCAGCCUCUAAAGUUCAAAAAAUUGAAAAAAAAAAAUGUUAUUUUUAGGAUUUUUGUUACCUUACUUAUUAAAAAGAUUUUUUAUUGUUUAA